GGAGUGAAAUGUAUACGUAAACAAGACAUAGUAUAGUUGUUUGUAAUGUAAGGACUCAUUUUUAGAGAAGAAGAUAAGAAAUUAUCUUUCACAAUGGGUCAACGCCUGAGUGAGGACAAUGACCAAGACAAAGAAAUUGACGUGGCAGAGCUGCAGGAAUGGUACAAGAAAUUUGUUGUGGAAUGCCCAAGUGGAACCCUCUUCAUGCACGAGUUCAAGAGCUUUUUUGGUGUCACUGAAAACCAGGCGGCAGCAGAUUACAUCGAGAACAUGUUUCGAGCUUUUGACAAGAAUGGAGACAACACCAUCGAUUUUCUGGAGUAUGUGGCAGCGUUGAACUUAGUCCUGAGGGGUAAACUGGAACACAAACUUAAAUGGACAUUCAAAAUGUACGACAAAGAUGGAAGUGGGUGCAUCGAUAAAGUGGAGCUUCUGGAAAUUGUGGAGUCUAUUUAUCGACUGAAGAAAGCCUGCCACGGUGAGCUGGAUGAAGAGUGCAAUCUCCUGACCCCAGAUCAAGUGGUUGAUCGGAUAUUUGAGCUGGUUGAUGAAAAUGGAGAUGGGGAGCUGUCUCUGGACGAGUUCAUCGACGGAGCACGCAGGGACAAGUGGGUGAUGAAGAUGCUGCAGAUGGAUGUCAACCCUGGAGACUGGCUCUCCAGCGAGCGGAGAUAAACUUGAACUGAGAAAGAACUUCUAAGGCUGAGGCACACACUGUCAAUCUGACACAAACUAAAACUGUGCUGGAACUCUGCGUGUAUUGCAGACACAUAUCUUAUUAUGUGGAAGGAAACAGCACAGUAGUCACCGUGGUGUUGUAAUAACAGUGCUGUGUAAGAUUCUGCUUUAUCAUUUCCACAGUGCUAUAUACUUUCUGUUUAUUCAUUAUGGUUCACAAUUAAAGUGACACAAUGUAGGAUUUCAACCUUUAAAUGAUGUUUACAUGAGAACCACAAUAUUCUAAUUCAUGGCUACGCAAACUAAAGCACACAAGUAAUGAAGGUUUAAUUAUUUAUAGAAAAGAAUAGAAUACCAAUUACAGAAGACAAAACAACACUGAUUACACUAAAAACAAACCUAUAAACACCUGAAAGCACAAUGAAAAGACAUUAAAAUAAUCUAAGAGCAGUUCAAGUGAAUGUCUGUGGUUUGGUCACAAAGGAUUUUUUGAAAACACCUUAGGCCAUGCGGACACAGUAUAGUGCCUCCUGGACUCAAACUGAGCAGAAAGUGGAUGUGAGCUGUCAGACAAGAUUUGUCUGGCUUUCUUCCGCCCUUGCUAUGUAAAGUUGGCUCAGAGGCUUUAGUGGUUUUUCAAGGAUACAAUCCUUUUUAAUUUUUUGCACUUGCAAGUUACAGUAAAUGACCAAAACAAGGCAGGGAAAUGCAAAAUGAGGAGACUCUCAAUGUGUGUUAUACACAAUUGACCCCCAAGACAGCUCAAUGUCUGCUGUGAAUAUCUCUUAAAAACAUAAAUUUAUCAUUUUUUCUGUGUUAAAUUUUCCAUCCAUCCAUCCAUCCAUCCAUCCAUCCAUCAAUCCAUCUUCUACGGCUUUAUCCUCCACAUGAGGGUUGCAGGGGGCGCUGGUGCCAAUACCAGCUGACAUAGAGCGAAAGGCGGGGUACACCCUGGACAGGUCACCGGUCCAUCACAGGGACACAUAGAGACAAACACUGUCACUCUCACACCUGCGGUCAAUUUAGAGUGUCCAGUUUGCCUAAUCCCCAAAUCUGUAUGUUUUUGGACUGUGGGAGGAAACCGGAGAACAAGUGGUUCUUUUUCCUUUCUAGUAUUUAAAAAAAUAAAACAAUGUAACCAUAUUUGUAUAGAAUGUUAUAACAUAGGCUACCGUACCUGCACAUGUUACCGGGACACAUAUUUUACAACAGCUGUGACAAACAAUACCGUUUCCCAACUGUGGGGGGAACCAGAGAGCAAAUCCUACAUUGUGUUACUUUAAUAAAGUUAUGUAGCACGAAUAGAUUUGAAUUUGUUGAUCAUUGCCUAUAUGACUAUCUGUAUUUUAUAGAUGCUGCCUAUAAGGCCCAUGUCUAUGUUUCUUUGUCAUAAGUGAGUAAAAACAAGUUAUUCAAUAAACGUUUUUACAGCCCCUACA